AUGGCUCACAGUUAUGAUAUUGGAACGAGGGCUUGGCAGCCUGACCCAACUGAAGGUUGGGUAGCCUCAGAGCUCACAGACAAAACAAUCAAUGGCUCGAAGGCGAGAUUGGUGUUCCAACUAGAUAAUGGCGAGACAAAAACAGUAGAAGUCAACGCUGAUGCUCUCGCAACCGGCUCCGAUCCCGCACUUCCACCACUCAUGAACCCUGCCAUGCUCGAAGCGAGUGAUGAUCUAACUAACUUAUCUCACCUGAAUGAGCCCGCUGUGCUCCAAGCCAUCCGACUCAGAUACGCUCAAAAGGAAAUCUACACUUAUAGUGGCAUUGUGUUAAUCGCAACAAAUCCCUUCGCAAGAGUUGAUUCCCUAUACGUCCCGGGAAUGGUACAGGUUUAUGCGGGCAAACAGAGGGCAACGCAAGCCCCGCAUUUGUUCGCAAUCGCUGAAGAAGCAUUCAUGGAUAUGCUUCGAAGUGGGAAGAACCAGACGAUUGUUGUCUCUGGGGAAUCAGGUGCGGGAAAAACCGUCAGCGCCAAGUAUAUCAUGCGAUAUUUUGCCACGAGAGAGUCACCCGAUAAUCCCGGGACCCGGUCCAAGAAAGGGCCAGAAGCUAUGAGUGAAACGGAAGAGCAAAUUCUAGCCACGAAUCCGAUCAUGGAAGCGUUUGGGAAUGCGAAGACGACCCGGAACGACAACUCAUCUAGAUUCGGGAAAUAUAUCGAGAUAAUGUUCGACAAGCAGACGAACAUUAUCGGAGCAAAGAUUCGAACAUAUCUGUUAGAGCGGAACUCAAUAUUCUACCAAUUGAACACGGUCGUGGUCCGGGAUUCGGUCGCCAAGUUCAUCUACUCAAGCUUGUUUGACUGGCUCGUCGAAACCAUAAACAGAAGCCUCGCCACCGACGAUGUUCUGAAUCGUGUUUCCUCAUUUAUUGGCGUUCUAGAUAUCUACGGCUUUGAGCAUUUCGCGAAAAACUCGUUCGAGCAGUUUUGCAUCAACUACGCGAACGAAAAACUCCAGCAAGAAUUCAAUCAGCACGUUUUCAAGCUUGAACAGGAGGAAUAUCUAAAGGAGCAAAUCGACUGGACCUUUAUUGAUUUCUCAGACAACCAGCCUUGCAUUGAUCUGAUUGAAGGAAAGAUGGGUAUUCUCUCCCUCCUUGAUGAGGAAUCCCGUUUGCCGAUGGGCACGGAUGACCAGUUCGUAACCAAACUACACCACAACUACGCUGCGGACAAACACAAGUUUUUCAAGAAACCGAGGUUUGGAAAGUCGGCCUUUACAGUGUGCCAUUAUGCAAUCGACGUCACUUAUGAGUCUGAAGGUUUUAUCGAGAAGAACCGAGACACGGUGCCUGACGAACACAUGAAGAUUUUACGAGCAACAAGUAACGCAUUUCUACGUCAAGUCCUCGAUGCAGCAUUAGCUGUCCGUGAGAAGGAUUUGGCCUCCUCGACCUCUAAUGCCGUGAAGCCUGCUGCCGGGAGGAAGAUUGGUGUCGCAGUAAACAGGAAGCCUACCCUGGGCGGCAUCUUUCGGUCCUCACUCAUCGAAUUAAUGAAUACCAUUAAUAAUACUGACGUUCACUACAUUCGGUGCAUCAAGCCAAACGAGGCUAAGGAAUCGUGGAAAUUCGAGGGCCCCAUGGUUCUCAGCCAACUUCGCGCGUGCGGUGUGCUUGAAACGGUACGCAUUAGCUGCGCCGGCUAUCCAACCCGUUGGACCUACGAGGAGUUUGCCCUACGCUAUUACAUGCUCGUCCACUCAACUCAAUGGACUUCCGAGAUUAAGGACAUGGCUGACGCAAUCUUGACGAAAGCCCUGGGAAUCAGCUCCGGCCAACGUUCUGAUAAAUACCAGCUUGGUUUAACAAAAAUAUUCUUCCGAGCUGCCGCUGCAAAGGGUUACCUUCGAAGAAAAGAAAUUUUGGAAACGCGGAUUGGAAAUGCGGCCCUUAUCAUUCAGCGUGUCUGGCGGUCCAGGCGGCAGAUGCGCGCGUGGCGACAAUACCGAAAGAAGAUCAUUCUUAUCCAGAGCUUGUGGCGCGGCAGAAGUGCCCGCCGUGAAUAUAAGCAGCGACGCGAGGAAGCACGCGAUCUCAAGCAAAUCUCCUACAAGCUCGAGAAUAAGGUUGUGGAACUCACUCAGACCCUGGGCUCCAUGAAAACACAGAAUAAAACUUUGUUGGCACAGGUUGAUAGCUAUGAAAGCCAGCUAAAAUCAUGGAAGGCACGCCACAAUGCUCUUGAGGCACGCUCUAAGGAACUUCAGGCCGAGGCAAAUCAGGCUGGCAUCGCAGUCGCCCGAUUACAAGCGAUGGAAGAUGAGAUGAAGAAGCUCCAACUCAAUUUCGAAGAUUCUACGUCUAAUAUAAAGCGACUCCAGGAAGAAGAGAAGGCCCUCAGGCAGUCGUUGCGCGCCGCAAAUAUUGAGCUAGACCAAGCACGAGAGGAAAGACUUCAUGUUGAAGAUGAGAAGCUCUCUCUUCGUCAGCAACUAGUCGAGCUGCGAGACCAGCUCGAGAUCGCGAAACGCACGCCUGCCAUGAACGGCGAGGCGGUCAAUAACGGAGUGAUCAACGCCCCCUCAGUCACGAGUGGCUUAAUCAAUUUUGUAUCGUCCAAAACGCCCAAACGUAGGAGUGCCGGUGCCGAGCCUCGAGAGGUCGACCGUUUCAGUGCCACAUACAACCCCCGACCGGUUUCGAUGGCGGUUGCAUCAGGAAUACGUGGGCAGAACUUGCCUGGUGCGGCGUUCAUCCCUGGGGUGGACAACAUCGAGCUUGAGCUUGAAACUCUGCUCGCAGAUGAGGAGGGACUAAACGAAGAGGUGACGAUGGGUCUAAUUCGAAAUCUUAAGAUCCCGUCACCUAACACCAACCCACCACCAUCCGACAAAGAGGUUCUAUUCCCUUCGUAUCUGAUCAACCUUGUUACAUCGGAAAUGUGGAACAAUGGAUUUGUCAAAGAAUCGGAACGGUUCUUGGCCAAUGUCAUGCAGUCCAUUCAACAAGAGGUGAUGCAACACGACGGUGACGAGGCCAUAAGCCCUGGUGCGUUUUGGCUAUCUAAUGUCCACGAGAUGCUAUCCUUCGUCUUCCUUGCAGAAGACUGGUACGAAGCCCAAAAGACCGACAAUUACGAUCUCUUCCAGGAUUUGUAA